AACCCUUUUUGAAUUACAAGAAAUAAAAUUCACGGCCUCUUUUCCUCUGUUGAUAUAUAUUUUCCUUUUUCGUUAAUUCAAGUUUUUUCUUUUCCUUUUGCCAUUGAAAGCUGUAAGUAAAAUAGCAAGCUCUUGCCAAGGAGGGGCCAAAGAAAGGAGUUGUCGCAUCCAAAAAAGUCAUAUAUGCUGGGUGGUGGUGACACAAGUGGUACCGUUCUUGGAAGCAGAAGCGGCUGCAGUGAUGCCGCUUCUGCUGCUGCUGGCAUGUUUAGCAACAGCAGAGGUCCUAAUGGAAGCAAUGAAGCUGCUGCUGCUGGUGGUGCUGGCAACAUGUUUGAUUCCAAUGGCAAUAAUAGUAACAAUUCAGGUGAAGACGAUAGAGGCCGGGUCGAUGAAGGUGAGCGGUCUUUCGGAGCCAACCGGUGGCCGAGGCAGGAGACUUUGGCACUCUUGAAAAUAAGGUCCUACAUGGAUGCUACCUUUCGUGAAGCUAGCACUAAGGGUCCACUAUGGGAAGAGGUUUCAAGGAAACUAGCAGAGCUUGGGUAUCAUCGAAGUGCCAAGAAAUGCAAGGAGAAAUUCGAGAACGUUUACAAGUAUCACAAGAGAACCAAAGAUGGACGAAGUGGUAAAGCCGAUGGCAAGACGUAUCGGUUUUUCGAUCAAUUAGAAGCCUUCCAAAGCCAGCCUUCCAUUCAAUCGCCACCGCAGCUAAAGCCUGCAAUGGAGGCGGCAGCUACUAAUCUCCCACAUGUGAAUGUUCCAUCCACAACACUCCCAAGUGUGCAGCAAAAUAUUCUACCUCCGAAUAUAAACCUUACACUCCCUCCUUCCUUCCCAUCGACAAACCCGAACCCUACGAGUCAGUCCAAUUCCCCACCACCGCAAGCAAGCCCUACAAUUCCGUCUUUCCCAAGCGUUUCUUCGGCGGAUCUGAUGUUGAAUUCAACCUCUUCGUCCACCUCGUCCGAUCUAGGAUUAGAAGGUCAUAGGAAGAGGAAACGGAAAUGGAAGGAGUUCUUCGAGAGGCUGAUGAAGGAGGUGAUUGAGAAGCAGGAGGAGAUGCAGAAUAAAUUCUUGGAAGCAAUCGAGAAACGCGAGCGCGAAAGAAUGGUCCUCGAAGAAGCUUGGAGGAUGCAAGAAGUGUCUAGAUUAAAUAGAGAAAGAGAGAUAUUAAGCCAAGAAAGAUCAAUAGCAGCAGCAAAGGAUGCAGCUGUGAUGGCGUUUUUGCACAAGUUAUCCGGGCAGAAGCAGCAGCCAAAUCCAGAAAAUAAUCCACUACCACCACAGCAACAGCAACACCACCACCAGCAGCAAACACCUUCAAAGCCAGUGUCGGAAGUGGCAUUGGCAGACACGCCAGCACCACCACCAGUGCCGCCACAAGGGGAGAAUUUAGACGUGUCGAAGUCGGAUAACGGCGAUCAAAGCUACACACCGAGCUCUUCAAGGUGGCCUAAAGUCGAAAUCGAAGCAUUGAUUAAGCUGAGGGCAAACCUGGACGCUAAAUACCAAGACAGUGGUCCAAAAGGACCAUUGUGGGAGGAGAUAUCAGCAGCAAUGAAAAGGCUUGGUUACAAUCGAAACGCCAAAAGAUGCAAAGAGAAAUGGGAGAACAUAAAUAAGUACUUCAAGAAGGUGAAAGAGAGCAACAAGAAGAGGCCCGAGGAUUCAAAAACAUGUCCCUACUUCCACCAACUUGAUGCUUUAUAUAGAGAAAAGAACAAACAUGACAGCUCUAAAUACAACCCCCAGAACUCAGUCCCAUUGAUGGUACGCCCAGAGCAGCAAUGGCCCCCUCCUCCCCAGCCCCAACACCAUCAUGUAAUGGAAGACAUGGAAAGUGAUCAGAAUCAAGACGAAGACGACGACGAGGAAGAUGAAGAUGAAGGGGGUAGCUUUGAGAUUGUUGCCAGCAAACAGGUUUCUAUGAGCACUAAUGAGCGAUCCAUAUCAGAAACAAACGAACUUGAUCAGUGAAAAUUUGACAGGCCACAUGAUGGUCAGAUAAAUGCCAGGAAUCAACUCAGUGGAGUUGAUGCCGUAGCAGCUAAGUGGGACAGGGAUCCCGGCAAUGGUGAAAUGAAUUUUUACAGGUGAGUGAGAGAGAACACAUUGGUGGGGUUGAGCAUACAGUCGGAGGAUCAUUUAUAUGUUUAUUUUUCAUUAUUAUUUAUUUUUUCAGAUAAAUAAAUAAGUUGUCUCAUUUCGCAUGAUAAUAAACAGG